UGAUCGCACAAAUGCAAGUCGACGGCGCUUCGUCGUCAGUGGCGUUCAGCAGCGGCAGUUCGAUCGCAGCGUCGCUCUCUCGCGGCGUGCGUCUCGACGUCAUGCCAUACGCAGAGCAGGAUCUCCAAGACGAGCAGGCAAGCGCGAACGUGCUGGCGCUCAUCCAGGCCGAGAUGGCAACUCUGCCGCAGCGCGACUACCUCGCAUCGCUCAACUUGCCGGCGUCCGAUCAGCUGUUUGCAUCGCGCCCGCGUCUGCAACAGGAACUAGCGCGAGUUGCAGCCAAGCAGCCGCUCCAAGCGAUUGACAUGAGCAGGUACGAAUUCCCAGCAAUGGAUGCCAAGAGCAAGUCGGAUCCUGCGGCAUGGAAGGCAUGCAUCGACCAGGCACGGAUGCUCAUUGAAUAUCAACACACAAGGCUGCUCAAUCUCGAUCUGUUGGCAAAGCACGGCCCGGCUGCGUGGCGUCUCAAUGCUGAAAUUGUGGCACACCUGCACACACAGCUGACAAAUCUGCUCAAUGAAGCACAGGACGAAAUCCAAGAGGUCAAUCGGGAACGCAAGGAUCAACAGACCAAGCUUUAUAACAAACUGUAUGAGCUCGAGUCAACCUGGUACAGCCUGGUGGGAAAGAACAUGCAGCUUGAACAGGAAUGCUCCAGGUUGCAAACCGAGCUCGCACGACGAGAAGAGGAAACCGAGCAACAAUAAGAAGAAGAAGAAGAAGAGCAAGAAACCAUUGUUUGGUCUCCAAUAAACAACUUGAACUUCGGGUGGCA